AUGUCCUAUCGCAACGUUUCCAAAGAAGCUCUGGUUGGCUCUGUUACACUUGGGGUUGUUUUUGUCGCGGGCUAUUUCCUCGGAAAAAAGAAAUCAAUCAGAAUGAGUAUUUCCAAAAGUCACGCCGGGGGAAAAGACGACCCACUGAUCCAGUAUGUCCUCAAUAACUCCUUGAGGGAACAUCCGGUUCUGAAGAAGCUUAGACUGAGGACAAUGGAGGACUCCUGGAAUAUUAUGAUGGUUGCCUGUGAGCAGUCACAGUUUAUGGCCAACUUGGCUAAAUUAAUUCAAGCCAAGAAAGCACUGGAAAUUGGGGUAUACACAGGAUACAACACACUGAACAUGGCACUGUCCUUACCUGAAGACGGAGUCGUGAUUGCAUGCGAUAUCAGUGAAGACUACACAAACAUUGGAAAACCCUUCUGGAAAGAGGCUGGAGUUGAGCAUAAAAUUGAUCUACGGAUUCAGCCAGCAUCAAAAACUCUAGAUGACCUCCUGUCUUCUGGCCAGGCUGAGACAUUUGACUUUGCCUUCAUUGACGCAGACAAAUGCAGCUACGACGACUAUUUCGAAAAGUCUCUGCAGCUGUUGAGGAAAGGAGGCAUCAUUGCAAUCGACAACGUUCUGUGGGGUGGGAGAGUGGUGAAUCCAGCCCCUGACGACGCUGACACUGUGGCCAUUGACAAGCUGAACAAGAAGUUGCACAGGGAUACUCGAAUUACACUGAGCAUGCUCACAGUGGGAGAUGGGCUCACGCUGGCGGUCAAACUGUAA